UUUUUUUUUUUCCCCUCCCAGACAUGAAUUUACUGUGGGAAUGUAGAGGCAUCUGUGCAAGUAGAGAAGCCGGUGUACUGGGAGAGCAGGCAUCUACAGCAAGGUUCCCGCAGGAGGGGAGACAUUCCUACCAGAGAAAAGAGAUGGUUGUGAAACGCUCCCCAAAACCCAUCUGUGUCUUUGCUUAGCAGAUACUGUAUCUGUUUGCACUUUACCAAUGAGAGACUCUAACAUGUUGCACCCAGAGGGCAGUGCCUUACUGAAGGCUGUGUGGCAGGGCAAAUUCAGACUGACGCGCCUUCUGCUGGAAGGAGGUGCCUACAUUAACGAAGGUAAUGCCCAAGGUGAGACACCUCUAAUGGCAGCCUGUUUAGCCAAAUAUGACGACCCUCAAAACAAAUCCCGGAUGGUAAAAUACCUGCUGGAGAAUGGGGCAGACCCUAACAUGCCGGACAAGAUGGGAAAAACUGCACUUAUGCAUGCCUGUUGCAAUGUAACUGGCGCAGCGGUGGUAUCUGUAUUGUUAGAACAUGGGUCAGAUCCCAGUAUAAAGGACUACUCAGGGACAUCUGCACUCAUGUACGCAAUCAACAGAGGUGACCGAGAAACUUUGAGGGUCUUGUUAGAUGCUUGCAAGGCUCGAGGAAAGGAGGUCAUAAUUAUUACCACCGACACGUCUCCUUCUGGCACCAAAAAGACAAAGCAGUAUCUUAACUCACCUCCAUCACCAGGCAUUGAUGAUAAACAAUCUCCGGGUAUCUGCAUGUCACCUUCUGAUAUAGAAAUAAAGACGUCCCUCUCUCCAGCCAGUGAGAAAGAGGAGGCAAGGGAUGUUUUCAACUUUAAUAUGGGCACUAGGCUCACCUGUCCUUCAUCUUCCAAAUUAGAAGUUAAACCACCAGAUCAUAUUGUUGCCAAAGGGAGGAUGGUCAACAAGAAGCAACUAAAGAGGCUGAAUUCAGAACCUUGGGGCUUAGUGGCCCCAUCUGUCCUUGCUGGAUCUCAUCCUACCGUGCCAACGGAAAAUACCACCGUGGAGGAAUGUGAAGAAACUAUUACCACUGAAGUAAACAACUUAUCCAUUAGCAAUAGACCAGUGCUCUCAAGGAGGCACAGCAUAGAGGGGCAAGACUCCUCUUGCCUAAAGCUGGAUGAGCAGUCCCCAGGGGAUGACCCAUCAGCGCUGGAUGCUUCAUGGGCUGAUAAAGUCCAGUUCAGCCACCUUCACCAGCCACUGUCAAGACGCAAUACAGCACCUGAGGCUCAGGAAACAUCUAAUGCCACAUUAGCUCCAACUAUUGCGACUAACUUACGAGGGGUUGCCCAUCACAAACUGACACGUAUGGACCACUAUGAAUCAGAUUCCCAUCUCUGUCCUGACUCCAUUCCUGGUUCUCCAGACUCUGGCCGAGUAUCUUUAGAGCGGAGAAAAUACAAUGCUUCUCCAUUAACACUCUUUACCAGUUCUUCACGAGAAUCCUUAGAAAGUAUUCCUAGCGCUGUAUCACCGAUGUCUGUGCGACGCCGAACACCAGGGCUUUUAGAAAGAAGGGGAUCUGGAACACUUCUUUUGGAUCACAUCUCACACACCAGACCCGGCUUCUUACCACCACUGAACGUCAACCUUAAUCCUCCUAUCCCAGACAUCCGGUCCAAUGGCAAGGCUCCUUCGCCAGUCCAUGGCAGCCAGAAAACUUUCAUUCCUGUGGCUCCAAGCUCUCCAAAACACUUUGACGCCAAAGCCAAGAAGAAACUUAUCAGAAGGCAUUCUAUGCAAACAGAGCAGAUCAGGCAGUUGACCAAUUUCCAGAAUCUAUUCAAUCAAAAUGAUUCUUCAAAUUAACUCCCGAACAAUGUCUAUGUAAAAGUGGAAUACUCUCACCACAUGCACACCAUGACUAUUUCUAACUUUCUAUGUUUUCAAAUAAUGACAAGAAAUGCAUUAUUAGCAAAAAGUAAUGCAGUUGGUUAAAAAAUAAAAAACAGCCAACAUCUUGGGGCCUCAGUACGUCCCGAGAAGCCACCAAGUAAUGUGGAACUCCUGGUCCAAUCUACAUUGACGACAUAGAUCAGUCAACUCCAUCCAACCAAACAUUACUGACAUACAUGAAUUAAAGUAGCGAAUAUGUCAAAUUUUUCUUCCAAAAAUUAAAGAUGCACUUUUGUUUGGAGACAUCAAUGUAAUAUCAUAAUGUGAGAACCAAUUCAUGGUGAUAGUGGGUUAUAAUAAGGCAUAUCCAGAAAAUAAAUGGUGGUAAUCGCCCUUUUUACAUGUUCAGCCAUUCGGCCAAACUGAUGGAAUCCGUCUGUCACCUUCUGGCACCAUCAUUUGGCCAACUGAAUCUGGAUGGGAUUUUAUUAUGAUUUUAUUUGCUCUCGUAUAGAAGAUGUUGAAGGAUCGAGGAGACCGCAUAACGAGUUUGCUGGUCAUACUGGUUAAGGUGAUUGGGAAGGGUGUCCUGUUAAGGAUCUAAACUGAAUGUAUAGUAGAUAAAUCUACAUGUCUACACGUUCCAAAGUCCUGCGGUAGCUUAGUGAAAUCAUUUACAUCAUAGCACACACAGAGAGGUAAUAACUUCAAAUAUAUAUGUAUAAAUAUAUAUGAAUGUGACAGUAGACAGUAUGUUUUAUUUUGGAGGAGCCGGGAGAUGAUGUUUUUCACAUGUAAGCGAGGGAAUCCUUUGUGUAGCUUAUCUAACAGCACUUUGCUCUGGGUCUUCGUGUAUAAAUAGAAAUAUAUAUCUAUAUAUAGAUAGAGAUUAGGGACACCAGGGUGUCGUCGUGUUUACACAUAUUUAUAUAUAUACACGCACAGAGAUAUAUAUAUAUAUACGCAUAUAUGCAAAUGUGUACAGGAAUUAGGGGCUUGCUUUGAAGGCACAGUGUAGGGUAGCUGCAUUCUUGCAAUAGGAAAAUCCGUUUUGAUGUGUCGUAGAACAAGAAGAUAAUCUCUCUUGGGUGAUAGUCAAAUAUAAAAUAAAAUCCGUAGGAUGUAAAUAUGGCAGAUUCUCUGUGAAUGUGAAGGAUUUAGAGCUGCUUACACAAAUACUGGGUAGGAGUCUUUACUACUGGUCUUUAUUUUAUUGGCAAACAAGACCCACUGCAGGCCAGCGACCAAUUCAACCUCAAUCAGAUUACUUGAUUUCCUACAAUUUUAAUGAAUAGAUUUUAUUUUUUGAGGACCAGACACUGGCUAGGCAGCCUUCAAUGGACAGGCAGUAGUAUGCAUUUUGCCUGAAAUAUCUGGUACAGCAUAAAUAAUCAUACCUAGGGGCACAUUUACUUACUCACGAACGGGCCGAAUGCGUCCGAUUGCGUUUUUUUUCGUAAUGAUCGG